CUUCACAAUGACAUGACCACAGUUGAAGAUGUGAACGUAAAGAGCAUCGGGCUGUGACACUUGAUAGAACGGGACAUUCCUCCGAAGAAAAGGAAAAAUGGCAAGUGAUUACAGUGAACAAAUCUCGGACGAGGAUAAGGUCCGAAUUGCAUCUAACUUCAUCUUGUACUCUCCACCUGGGGAAUUCAACGAAGUUUUUAAUGAUGUGCGGGUGCUGGUGCAAAAUGAUGGUCUGUUGAAGGAAGGAGUUGCCCGUGCUAUUGCUGACUACAAUAAAGACCAGCUUACACCCGUCAGAUUGGAGGGACAGACACACUAUGCCUUGGUCACUGAACACAAUGACCUUGGUUCUGGUCGCUUCUUGGAUCCUAAAGCUAAACUAUCAUUCAAGUUUGAUCACCUAAAGAAAGAAGCCCUGGAUUUGAAGCCCAAUGAUGGAGAGCCGUCAACUGAGGUGUGGCGCAGCGCAAUAGAGUCGCAGCUCUGCUCCUACGUGGCGUCCCAUUACCCUCACGGUGUCAGCGCCGUGUAUGCCAGAAACCAAGGCUCAGCCCUCACCCUGGUCUGCUGCAUAGAAGAUCAUCAAUUCCAACCAAAGAAUUUCUGGAAUGGACGGUGGCGGAGCGUGUGGACCGUGAACAUGGUGGGGGGCAGCACGGCUGAGGUGCGGGGGCUGCUCAAGGUGCAGGUGCACUACUAUGAAGAUGGCAACGUGCAGCUCGUCACAAGCAAAGACAUCAAGGAGACCAUCACCAUUGCAGGCGAGGAAGAGACGGCCAGAGAGUUGGUGCAGCUCAUCGAGAACUCUGAGAACGACUACCAAACUGCGAUCAGUGAGAACUACCAGACGAUGAGCGAGACCACCUUCAAAGCCUUACGUCGACAGCUGCCGGUCACGCGCACCAAGAUUGACUGGGGUAAAAUUGUCGCUUACAGCGUCGGCAAAGAGCUCAAAAAACAAUAGUGAUGCACACGCAGUGCCAAUGUUAAUAGAACUUGAGAUCAGUUUGGAAAACGUCUCUGCAAUGAAUUACCUACUUCUUCAGUAUAUUUGAGAGGUUCACAGAUAUCUACAAGUUAUUUGUAGUACUCGGUUUUCCAAGAGUUCUCAGCUAAAAGUGACGUUACAUUGAAAAUUAGAGUGCAUGGGUGACAAGUUUUGUUUUGAUGAACUUCUUGUUGGAAAAUUACCUAUUUUACAAUAUUGACAAAUUGCAAAUAGAAGUAACAUUGCCACUGAAAUUGCAAACAAUUUCAGUGGCAUCAACUCGAGUCAACUUCAUUAUACGAGCAAGCAGUCUCGCGGACUGCAUAAUUGUACACCGUUACAAUCGUACCUAGUUUAUAUACGAUUGUUCGUAUCCAGUCCCACGGGAGUUAAUGAGAUACUCGUUUUUCCUCAAAAUGGUGAACCCAUCAUUAGCAUUCCUCUGUUGACACCACGAAUUUAAAUUGAAUUCACUGGAGCUUCACUCGGCUCACUACGUGAAGAGAGGUCUAUAGCAUUUGAUGAUAAAUGUAAACUAUGAUUGACUUUGCAGUAAACAUGGUUACAUUUAAUCAGUCUAAGUGUGAAAAUUGCUAUACAAAAUUGUGAGUGCGCUGCUCUGACAAAAAAAAAACUAAAAAAGUUUCAUGUGUUAUCGUGUAAAAUGCAGGGAUUGUCAUGAGUAAUGUUACAAAAUCUUUUUGAGAACAAUCUUGCCUGUUUUUGUUGAUGUUUUAUUGGAUGUCUAUGAAGAUUCCGGGAUAUCAUGUGUAAAAUUAUUUAUGGUGCAAAUAAGGGCUUGAUAUUUUGGAGCUCUGUCUGAAGAAACAUAUAACUACCCGUUGGCUUGAGCUUUCACAUAUUUUUUACGCCAGUACACGCACAUUAGGGUUUUCUGGAUGUUUGGUGCACGAAUGUCGCCGGGAGUGCGUGGAAUAUAGCGCCCAUAAAAUGCGUGGAAUUAAAAAAAAAUUCUGUUAGUGCUCAUCAUUCAAUUGAGUUAUCUGUUCAUGAAGGUAAUUUGGUUGCUCACAAGAGCUUCUGAAGGUGAUGCCUAACUCUUUACGGACAAUUUGAGCCCAAUUGAAUGUUGUUCAUUCUGGUCUUUAUUCUCUUUGUUCAUUUUAUGCUACUCAAUAGCAUGAAAUCUUAAGAGCGAAUGAAUAUUUUCAUUCAUCACUCAUAUGAAAAUUGGAACAAAUUUGUCUUUCUUUCAUACGAAAGCGUCAUAUUUCAUGCUGAUGUAUUCUAACAAAAUGCAGUGUGUUGUCAUGACUGUGAACUUGAAUUUCUAUGACCCUUUUAAAGUAGACUUUCAGUUCUGUAUUAUAGUCCCCUAAGAAUCACUCAAGUGAAUCCCAUGAUAUCGCCUUGUGAUUCUCUAUCCCUUAUUCCUUUUUAUGUUGACUGAAACUUGGCCGUAUAGUUAUUGCUGAUAUAGAAUUGAGUCUAUCUUAAUCCUCUGCGAAUCAAUACAAGAUAAUUGUUGAGUUCACAAAUUACGAACUUCACUGUAUUGAACGUGGUCUUGAAUAGACUAGAAGCGCCUUAUUUCGAGCCCUCACUGAGUGAUGAGUUUAAUGAAUAUCAAGGUUGUUGUCUUCACUUGUUGUAUCAUUGCAUGAUGAUUCUUCCAAGCACAACAACCAUCAUGCAAGUAGUGGUUCGUGACCUUGAACGUUUCGUGGGCGUACUUCUACGCAGCCGCUCACUCCGCUUUUCGUUGCGGAUAAAAAGUUAAUACUGCGAUAAAGAGAUAUAUAUUUAUUAAUGAUGCUAAUAUUUCUAUUACCAUUGCGAUUUUCCUACUUAAUUCCUUUCUAUUUUAAGGUGGAGUUUGUAAGUUAUAGAACGCUUGAUUUUCUUGAUUAUCACAACUUGGCUUAAGUGUUCUCCUUCGCGUGUGCUUCUUGGUACUUUCUUGUUCCACGAUAUUGGUUCGACUGAUUUCCUGAACUUUUCCUCACCAAUGCUUUAUUGUUCUGUCGUCGACGUAUGAUUACGAGUUUCUAAGCUUGUUGUUGCUGUUUCAUUAUUCGUAGGUUGUCCAUUGUUAUUUUUAUUCUGUUUAAUAUCUACUAGCUGAACUGGAGUUUUCCAGCUGCUUACACAGUCACGCAGUCGAGCCCAUUAUUUGGUGUAGAAUGCAAUUUUGUUGCGUGUAUAUCGUGAGGUAAAAUGAAAAAUCUAUUGCAAGCAUUACAUUUUUUCAUUAGAUUUUUUCUACACGGCGAAUAUUCUGGGCCAUUAUCCUACAAUGCGCUUUUAUAUUUUACAAAUUAUAUGUAUUUGUUGUACAUGACGAUGACUAGGACGAAGAACUGUCCCCCGUUAGACAUCCCAACGUAUUUGAUUAUUCAUUAUGCACACAUCGGACCUCGGGAUAAUUCAUCCCCGCGUGCUGAAUCGUAUUUUUUACCUCGUAAUAUCUUAGUGGAAUAAUGAAAGCAUGAGGUUGUCGAUCAGCUUCCAGGUUAAUAUUGCAAUUUUAUUAAUUGUUGCCUUAAAUUUCUGAAAGUAAUAACUUUUCUAAUGUGCUCCGGAGAUUUCAGUCACGAAUUUUAUUAUGAAUAAACGUGAUCUCAACAAACUUUAUCUUCUUUGCUUUGCCUGAUCUCUUCAAUAUUUUUUGUUGUCACAGGGUUGUGUUAGAUUUCAUCCUCUGGACUCUCGUUGCUACAUUAAACUGAAAAUUGCCACACGAUCUUCCUCUGUCUUUGAGCUCCUAUUCCUACCUUUCAUUGCGCUUUUGACGAGGUCCUUCUAACAAUGCUGACGAAAUUGUGUAGCGCGCAUUAAGCCAUCCAGUUACCUACUUACGUUCUUACAAUGCUAUGUCGGCUUAACUUCAUCUCUAGACAGCCAGUAUUCGGCCUGUCUAUGUCAGGAAAAGUUUGUUCUAUUCUGAAUCAUAUAAAUUCGGCAACCAGCUUCUUGCUGCAAACCACGUUCCUGCUUCUGUCAAAGGUAUCUCAACUCGCUUCAACUGUACCCAAGUAAUGAACAUUUUGUUACUGCACCGUAGAUCAACUCCUCGGAGCGUAACGUGUCGGCCCUCGCGACUAACAUUGAUUUCGCUAAAAUUUUAUAUCCAAAAAUUUUACUCUUGGAAUUGAUAUGUCAGGUAAUAAUUUGGAAUUACUGUGUACACUGCAAUUUUCGACGAUGUUUUCGUUUCAAGUCGACUCGUGGGACAAGUUUGUUUUUGACGAUUAGUUGGCCUGUAAAUUCGCUUGAUUUAGGUAAUGUAACGAUAACUACGGAAUUCAAAUAUAAACUUUCAUA